AUGUACGCUAUUGAACAGGAAAGGGCUCACCCGGUGCCGCCACCACCGCCGCCCCUCUCAAUGGACCGCAUCCCUGCCCCGUCCGCUGCGUAUCCCACGCCGGGGUCAGGUCCGCUGCGGUCCUCUGACCAUCUCGCGCCUAUCUCCACCAGCCAUGAGGGCCGGAUCUGGUCCUUACAGGUGGUUCAACAGCCUAUUCGGGCUCGCAUGUGUGGUUUUGGCGAUAAGGAUCGAAGACCGAUCACGCCACCGCCAUGUAUUCGCCUGAUUGUGCGAGACGAACAUACCGAAAAAGAGAUUGAUAUUAAUGAAAUCGACACAUCCUUCUAUGUGCUCACCGUUGACCUCUGGAACGCCGAUGGCACAAACGAAGUCAACCUCGUCAAGCACUCCGCCACCUCUCCCUCUAUUUCGACUGCCAUGUCCUCCUCAUACCCGCCCCCUCCCCCAGAGCAUGUCGCCUACCUAUCCCGCCUAUGGCCAAAGUCCAUGUACCAAAAUCCAUACGGCCAGGCCGUCGGUUAUCCAGGAUAUGGCUUUCCCCCUGGGGGCCAGAUGCCUGCGGCUAUGUCGCCUGCACCACCCGUCUCAGGGGGCCCGGGAGGCAUGUUCACUCGAAACCUGAUUGGAAGCCUCAGCGCUAGUGCUUUCCGCCUGACGGACCCGGACAACAAGAUCGGAGUGUGGUUUAUUCUGCAAGACUUGAGUGUGCGCACUGAAGGUACCUUCCGCCUUAAAAUGAGCUUCGUGAACGUGGGCACGCAGUCCACCGAAACCAGCAACGGCGCCCCCGUGAUCAACCAUGGCUCUGCCCCCGUCUUGGCCUCGGUCUUCAGCGAGCCUUUCCAAGUCUUCUCCGCCAAGAAGUUCCCCGGUGUCAUUGAGAGCACCCAGCUGAGCAAGUGCUUUGCACUGCAGGGUAUCAAGAUUCCCAUCCGAAAGGAUGGUGUCAAGGCCCUCGCGGGCGUGGCGGUGAUGGUGACGAUGAUGACGAUGGUGACUAUUAGAAUGCACGACAAAGAAAUGUUGAAACUUUCGGGAUGGGCUGUUUUGGCGCUCAUCUUGCUCCAGCACGAAACGAGUUCACCCGACGCGGAGUUGACGCACGUCUCUCCCGCAUAG